CCUUCUUAUACCUCUUACAGCUCUCACAGCCCUAGUUAACCUAUUAUUCUCACAUAAUGUCUAACUCCACGGAAGACCUUAGCUCCUUCUUCUUUUCCACUGUCACCGUAGCUCCGGAUAGCACGGCCGCUCCCUCCGACGUCUUCUUCGUCCCUGCUCAGGUUCAAAACACUGAGUUCAACAUCCAGCCCUGGUCCAUCUCCUCCACUAACGAAGCUCUUGCCACCGAGCCCCAGACCGAGUUCAACCUUGGCCUACAUGCUCAGGUCGGUGAUGGCUUUGGUUUCAACACCUACUCUAUUAAUUUGCUUGGCAAUGAAAACGACGUCGACUCUGCUGGUCAGGUCGCCGCUCAGCCAUACAUCCUUUCUACUCAGUCUACUUGCUCCAAUUUUGGUCAGGAUACCAAUGCCAUUCCCGACUCUAACGUGAACGCCUUCGCUACUCCCCUCGUCAACCAGACCAACAUCAACACUGCUGGUCAGGUUGACAUCCAGCAACUGUUCCAAAUUGGCCAGUCUGUUGGAUUGCAAGGCGAAUAUCUCUGGAACUUUAUUUGCUCCUCUUUCCAGAAUGCACAAUCCGUUAUUCCUGUUGAACAGAUUGUUUCCGAGCAAGUUGACUGCCAACUACCGGCCAACGACGGUAAUAUCAACACCAAUGAGCCUCAGGAACUGGUCUGCCAGGAGAACAUGGAUGAGUUUAUCGGGUGGGAUUUCAACAUAUCCCUGGCCGAUGCCACUGUCCCUUCUGUGGUCCCCGCCACCCCUGCUCCUCAGACUCACUUGACCGUUCCCUCCAGCCCAGUCAUUUCCAAGACUCCCAAAACGCCCAGUAAGCCCAGGAAAAAGUCUAGCAGUCCUCAGGCCUGCAAAACUCCUUCCAAGACACAUUUCAAAACCCUUGCCAAGAAAGGUUCCAUUAAAGAUGAGUUUCUCCUUUCUACCGGUCCCAAGGUCCGUCUGGCUAUUUCUUGCCACGGUUGCCGCGAGGCUAGGAAGCCUUGCGAUAGCGUUUACCAAUUCAAGUGCCAACGGUGUGUCAAACACCAUUUUUGUUGCAGUUGGCCGGAGACUGGGCGUGGCAUCAAACUCGGCAAGAAACAGAGGGACGAUUUCAUCCAAUUCAUCUUGACGCGAGGAGAAAAGCUUGGACAGCAGGACGAUACGACAAUGACUGUGGACCCCGUAAACGGUCGGCCAAACACCUCAUGCUCCAGAGUGAUGGACACAUCCGUCUUGGGAUACCAUCGGCAAGAGACAAAAAGUCGUACAGAUGAGAUCCAGGUUCUGUAGAGAGAUGAAGGAUACCAAUCUCCUGAACACUCUUAAGGACAUGCCUGGAAGUACGUCCACCAGACGUGUGACGGUAUCCGAGUUCGAAAGGCGCUUGACCCGCGAGUAGGAGGUGAGGUAUGUGAGUUUAAGAGCAUCAAUGUCAAUGUCAACCACAUCCCCAGAGCAAGCGUAGAGAGUCCUUCUCCUGGAAUUUCCAACCAUCUCAACAUUGGCCAACGGAUGCACAGUCUGUUGAAUCGGCUCUUUAUCCACGGCGACCUUUUUGUACUUCCCAUCGCUCAAUGCCGUAAAGGUCUUUAUCAAUCCGUUAGCUUUCCGUAGAUAGCACCCGAAGAUAAAGAACCCACAUAGGUGUAGAUACCUUCCUGCUCAGGACGGAGAACGAUGGAUCCGUAGUGUGACUGAAACAUCUGACUUAGAAUCUUGGCUCGUCCGCCCUUUCGCUGUUCGGUGUAAUCCAGCUUGAAAGGCGGGGAACCUGUAAAGUCAAAUGAGGCUGUCGCACCAACAUCCA